UUCAGGCUGUUAAUUUGUAAACAAAUAUAAAAAUAAAUUGAAAACCGUAAAAAAUCUUCAUUAAAACGUACAGAGCGGUUUUAUAGUUGAUAAUCUAUCGUUUCAGUUCUGGCAAAUAUUAACUUUCUGUUGGAUGUAGACUUGUUCAACGUCUGUUAAGUUGAAGUGAUAUAAUAUUUGUAUGACGAUUUUACGGAAUAUUAUGAUAAUAUGUUUGUAUUUCGAUUCUCCAUUAUAGUGAUAACGCUGCUACAUACUUCGCAGCAAUACAGAAACAAUCUUCACGGAGGUUAUAAAGAAAUUUUUGAAAAGAGACCGCCUAAGGAACUUUUAAAUCAUCGUUUAGGCGAACUAUUAACCAAAAAAAUAAACGGAGAAGUUAUAGAAGAAUUUAAUAAAUUGUACGGAAUUAAAUUAAAUUCUGGGUGGUUGCAAAAACUUAUCAAGAAUUUGUGUGCGCUGAUAAGAGAUGGUAUACCUAUGCAAUUUAUAACUCCUUAUCCUAUUGUAUGUCCGGAUGAACAAAGCAGACUGCAGAAGCCUAAAAAGCCUAAAAAACCUAAAAAGCCUAAAAAGCCAAAAAAGCCUAAAAAGCCUAAAAAGCCUAAAAAGCCUAAAAAGCCUAAAAAGCCUAAAAAGCCUAAAAAGCCUAAAAAGCCUAAAAAGCCCAAAAAAGGGAAAAAUACGGCCAUGCCAAAAAGAAUAAAAACAACAACCGAACCGCCAGACAUAUAUAGUUAUGAAGAGUCAGAGGAGACGAGUGAAGAGCACGUUACGUACGAAGAAGAUUACUAAAAGUGAUGAAUAACAUUUAUUUGAGGGAAAUGAUAAAAUAGUUUAAAAAUAUUCAAUGGCCAUCAAUAAAUAAUAAA